AUGAAGAAACAAUUCUACAGAGUAAAGCAACUUGCAGAUCAAACAUUUUCGAGGUCUGGCAAAGGUGAGGCUUUAACUGAUGAACUCCAAACAGCAGAUAGAAAAGUAGAACACCUUCGAAAUGCACUACAUUUAAUAAGCAAAAGAUUGGCAACAUGUGCAGGUAACACACAGGGCCAAGACCCUGCAGCACGUGAGAAAAGGCUUAAGAAACUUCCUGAAUAUAUGCUUGGUCUUUCUAUGUGUGAAGCAAGUAAUUUUGAUGAUGAUGAUAGCAUCUUAAAGUAUAUUCUGUAUGAAUGUGGCAAAACGGAAAAAUUUCUGGCCAACGAAAUAGCAGAGCAUGAAUUGAAAGUGGAGCAGCUUGUUUGUGCACCAUUAUCUGCAAUCAGUGAACAGGAUCUCCCAGCUAUUAUGAAGGCCAAAAAGCAGCUCAGCCGACUGAUUAGUGAGAAAGAAUCUGCUACUAGUAAAUAUCAUAAUCUAGAGCGGCAAAAAGAGGAAAAUCCUGCCAAAUUAAGUGCAGCUCGCGAGGAACUGGAAGAGGCGGGAACGCGAGUAGAAGCUGCUCGCGAUGCCCUAGCCGCAGAUAUGUUUGCCCUUGUCGCCAAAGAAGCCCAACUUGCUCACACCCUGCUGCAAUAUGUGAAACUACAGAGAGCAUACCACGAGUCUGCUUUGCAUUCAUUGCAAGACACUGUGCCAGAACUGGAAAGGUUCAUUAAUGAUAGCUCCACUAAGCCAGUUUUCGGAUAUCCGCUGGAGGAACAUCUGCGCGUAACAGGACGGACCAUAGCAUUUCCACUAGAGCUUUGCAUAUGCACCUUACAUGAACUCGCACUCAACGAAGAAGGCCUAUUCAGAAUUGCCGGUGGUCUGUCUAAAGUAAGAAGAAUGAAGCUUUCUUUGGAUGCGGGUUUAUUCACCGUUCCUCUCCCUCGCGAUUACAGAGACGUGCACGUAGUCGCUUCAGUGCUCAAGUCAUACCUUCGUGAACUACCCGAGCCGCUUCUAACAUACCGUCUUUACGAAAAUUUUAUCAACGCAUCGCGCCAACCCUCUGAACAAACACGCUUGAACUCCGUCUGGGACGCUAUACACCUACUUCCGUCUGCUAAUUACCAAAACCUUAGGUAUCUCAUUAAAUUUUUGUCUGCUUUGACGCAAAAUCAAGGCACAAACAAAAUGACACCAUCAAAUUUAGCUAUAGUUAUUGCUCCCAAUCUCCUGUGGGCGGCUGACGAAACUACUCUAGAUAUGUACAUCACGAGCGCAGUCAACUGCGUCGUAGAGUUACUCAUCAAGCACGCCGACUGGUUCUUCAAAGACGAAAUAAACUUCUUCAACACAUUCACCAAAGAGGACUUACUACCAGAUCAAUGCGAAUACGGUUUCACUCCAAACUUCGUUCAUGGCUAUAAUCAAACAGCUGCACUGAGCCAGGAACAGUCCAAUGGAGAAUACAACUCAAUGAGCAAGUCCAUGUUCGAUUAUAACCAUCAGUCUACGCAGCAGAAAAGCAACGCAGACGGACCGGGCCGUCACUCCAGAAGCAACAGUCAUGACACUAGUUUAAUAUUAUUAGAUAGUGAUAUAAAGAAGGCUCAAUCAAACAGUUCCCUAUCCGAUCAAUCUAGUCCACCGCACGGAAGUCCAAAACCUAUAACGAGGCGGAAAAACAAAGCGCCAGUGCCACCCAACUUCACUCCCGAUAAAAAUAAACAGAAAGUGGAGGCUCAAACGCAAGUAACCGACGCUACAAAAGAGCAACAAGUUCCCACCAAGGUCGAGAACGAGAAACCAGCUAAACCACCGCGUCCUGUUAUUUCGGACACGGGCAAAGUCAUUACGGGAGUGCAAACGAUCAACCGUUCUACGUAUCGCCAAAGCAAAGCGCUAAAAGAAGAAGCAGCGAAAAGUGCCAGCCGCGAAAACUUAACCGAUAUACGCCGACAAAGUUUAGAGUUUGAGAAAGAUAAAUUCGACUGUUUGAAAGCUAUCGAUAGUAAAGGGGAUAAGGAAUCAACGUUGAUCGUGAAAAACGUCACGGCGACAACAGGUAUAGUCGGCAGAAUGAAAGUAAUCGGUGAUAUAUCGAGCGGUCCCGCUUCACUUGGAGCGGAUAUUAAGCUAGCACCAACGAAGGUACAGAUAACAACAAAACCAACCGGACAGCCGCCACCACGGCCUGUUGCAGCGCCGAGAACCAUUGUACCGUCGACAACGUCAUCUGGAGUACCGGCUGAAAACGAAUCCGGCGAAGUACAAUUACGACACAAGCCGGCCGUCCCGGAACGUCCGGCGACGUUGCGCCCUCAAAGCUUCCGCGCGCGCACCUCCGCCGACAACACGGACCUCGCACCGACGGUACUAGAACGCACGCACAUAUACACGGUCGAUAAACAGCAUCCAACUGUCAUCCAAGUAGGCGGAAACACGGAUACGGAAGAUACACCUAGGACUACAGUACAACGUACUCACAGUUCUGGUGGGAAGGACGCGGAGUUAGAGGAGCCCAAGAGUUUGAGCAGUGCCAGUCGUCAGUUGUCGCAAUCGGAAGGCAGUAUAACGGAGGCGCCUGUAUCGCCACGAGCGCGACCCCCCCGGCCGAUGGUACCGGCGCCACCGCCACCAGUACCGCCCCCGCAACACGAGAGUACCGACCUCUAG